AUCGACCUCGUUUCCGACAAAACGGAAAUACACGUGUAGCGCUAGCAGACAGCGUCUAUGACCGGUACAGCUGCUGGUUUUGAUGUUCAGACAUGCGAAUCUUGCUCCUAAUUCAUUUGUGGACAGUUGGCUUAUGCUUAGAAGAAGCCGAAGAUGAUGGUGGAUGGGCUACAGAGAAGCACCUCCUGUUGGCCCACCCUGGCCCAUGUAGUAUCGAGGUCCGAGAGGCCGACUCAUUGUCGCAGAAGGAGUUUCUAGAGAAAUAUGCUUUCACUCAGCCGGUUGUGAUACGACACGCAACUGAUAACACAAAGUUUCAAGAUGCCUGCAGAAAAGAUUACAUGUUAUCCGAGCAUGGAACAAAGAAGAUACGUCUCAGUUCAGCAAACACAUACUCCUAUAAUAAAGUGGAUGUGAGUCUACACAAGUAUGUCCAUGACAUCAUGAAACCACAGACACUUGACAUGCUCGGGAACGAAACGUUCUACUGGUUCGGAGACAACAACCACACAGAGUGGGAGACCCUGUUCAGCCUGUACAAGCCUCCUCCCUACAGGCUGCCCAAGAUGUCUGCCGUCUACAGCUUCGGUCUGGCAGGUGCGGGCACUGGGGUGCCCUUCCAUUUCCAUGGGCCUGGAUUUGGAGAAGUUGUUUUCGGACGAAAGAGGUGGUUUAUGUACCCCCCAGAUGAGACCCCUGACUUUCAUCCCAACCGGACAACCCUCCACUGGCUGAUUGAGGACUACCCGCUUCUGGAUCAUAUGAACAAACCUCUGGAAUGUACCAUUUCUAAAGGGGAGCUGAUAUACUUCCCCGACCGUUGGUGGCACGGGACCCUCAACAUCGACACCAGUGUCUUCAUCUCCACCUUCCUUGCCCAAGCGUAGAUGGGAGACCUUGUCAACCACCGCAGCAUCAGUCUCAAGGGAAAGUCAGACUUUUUACAGAUUUACAAGUUUUAUCAAUGCAGAAUGUUAUUUAUGAAGAUUUACCUCUUGAAGAUACAAACACUUGUCAUAAUAUAUAUAUUUUCAUUCGUUUUAUAUUUGAAUAUUGGCAUCUUACAGGAUCGUAUAAUCGUGAGUGGAAACAAGUUUGUGAACAUGUAUUAAUUGAGAUUAUUAUCCUUCUCUGUUACCAUAUCAUAAAUUUCAUUUUUCACUAUCAGGAUUAAAAAUCAUGUAUGGAAAGUAGAAUCCAUAUUUCUCAUUCCUGUUUUAAAUUUUAUUCUAUAUCAUUUUUCAUAUUUUAAUAUAUGAUAUUUAUGACGAGGAAACACAUGAGGGUAAUGGUCUCUUUAUCAAUGUGUAAGAAGUGUUUAAGAUAUUUUUUGAAUGAAUAUGAAUGACUUUAGAAACCACAAAUGAAUAAUAUCAUUCCAAAUGAUUUGAAGCCAUAUUUAUCAACGGAAACAUCGACACAUCAAGAAACACCUGCCUCAAAUCAAAUGGAAAGUAUGGCAAUACUAUGUUGAACAAGAACUUUUUGAAAGUAGUUCCUACUGAAAAGUAGGUCCUCAUUUGCAUAAUUUUAUUGGAUUGCAAUAUUGGAUCAUUUUGUUACAUGGCUUACACUAUCCAUGAUAUGAUCAUUCAUAUUCCUCAUUGGUUUUAUGCCAUACUCCGCAACAUUCCCGCUAUAUCACGACAGCCUGUACCAUGAUACCAGGCUCAACCAGUGGUCGAUGGAAUGAGCAAUGACCUAUGAUGUUGGGGGAUGGUAGCCAGGGAUUUAGAGGCUGAUGGUCCACCCACUUCCUCAGGAAGUUCCUAAAUUGGAUCAAUUACUCCCCAAUACGUAAAUAUUCAUAGCUUUGUUGAGGCAAUUUGUAUUUCACUGUUAACUAGACAAACAAUAGGACUUGGCUCCAUGCUUAGUUUUACUUUAUCACACAGACUGUCAUGUUAAAUUAGUUUUAAAGGUAAGAAAAUAAGAACUUUAAAAGAUCCCUGAAAGCUAAUAGAUUUUCUGAAUGAUAACCAUAAGAUUCUUUGAAUAACACUAGGCAGAAUGAUAACCCACCAUGUUCUCUAAAUGAUAACCCAUGACUCUUGAUAACCCACCAUACCAAUGAAUAAUAACGCUUUAGACUGAAAGACUGGCUAUCAGAUUCUCUGAACUCUCUGAAAGGCUACGGUUUCUUUAUGCUGGGUAUUGUGCCAUGUAUUACUCGUGUACAGAUUACCUGUAGUGAUUAAUAUAUAUGCCUCAUCUGUUGAAUUUUACACUGAUAUUGUUGAAACAUAUAUAUAUAUAGUAUGAUUUGUGGGAAUUUAAUAUUACAGCAUUGUUUUCAGAACAUUUUAACUGAACUGUCUGAAAUAUGUGUAAAAUACAAAUAUGGACAUAUCAUUGUAUUUCAUCAUGUCAUCUCUGCAUGUGUGUAAUGUUUUAAUGUUGAAAUUUUAAUGUGCAGCAGUAUGUGGGUACCUGGUAGGUUGUAUCAGUGAGAUGUAUCUGUCACUGUGGGGAGAGACUGUACUAGAAGUGAGAUGCUAAUGUGGCGUAGCUGAUCUGGGACAUACUUCAUGAUGUUAGAUGACAGAAAAGUGUUAGGGGACAGUUCAUAAGGAGGGGGAGGAAGAGACGUG